UAUCGUACAGUUCUUGAGAGCUCUCAUCUCAACAAAACUUGUAGGUUUAUCAAAAGCUAUGACGGAAACAAACUACUGCACACAUUCUUCUUUGAAAGAGGAGAAUUUUGGUGAUCGAUUUGCAUUCACAUGUAACGGAUGUACGGAAUUGGGGUAUGGCUCUUGCUAUACAUGCACAAGUACAUGCAACUACCAUUUGCAUACAGCUUGUCUAAACGCUCCUCCAGUGAUUUCUCAUCCUUUCUUUGCGCAAGGCCAAUUUGUGCUAGCAAAGAGUAUGUUGCCACCAUAUGAUAAUCAUCAAGAAUUACCAAACUUGUGUGCAGCUUGUUGCACAAUUGUGGAAGGAUGGAGGUAUGUUUUAACUAUCAAUGAUGGUAAUACCAUCUUUAUACACCCUUGUUGCAUGACACUUCCUCAUCCGACCUUGCGCUCGACGCUCGAGAAUGUCAAUUGUGUGCAUUGUCAAAGCACAAAUGUAGGAAAUGAAGAGGUAAAAGGGUGGGCAUGCGUUAAAGAUGGUUUUGCAGUUCACGUUAAGUGCAUGAAAGAUAUGUUGCACAUGGACUGGCAGAGGAAAUGCUAUUCACCUGAUCAUGAAUAUACAAAUGAAGAGCGCAAUUUUGGCACACAACCAAAUCAAGGCCGCUUUAGAAAACGCAAUGUUUUCUUUUUUGGGCUAUCGGUGGUGGCACACGUUGUUAGUGUAUUUGACCCUUUUGGUGUGAUCGGUCCCAUACACGAAGCCAUAGUGGAGUUUGCAAAUAGUGUAUGGGGGGCUUGAAACUUCUUAUCCUUCGUCAAAGCUAAUACUCCCUCCGUUUUUAUUUUAUAGUUACACGAAGUCGUGGUGGAAUUUGCAAAUAGUGUAUUGGGGGACUUGAAACUUCUUACCCUUCGUCAAAGUUAAUACUCCCUCCGUUUUUUAUUUUAUAGUUACACUCUCUGUUUUGUAUGUUUUUUAAUUGUUACGUUUUUAGUUUUUUCUUAUAUGGUAAGUUGGUAACUUAUCACAUCAACUUUUUCACACUUUUCCACCUCAUAUACCCCAGCACCUAUUUUAAUAAUCUACCUAAAAUAUUUCCAUACCCUAUUUUUCUCUUUUCUACAUUAUCCUAAUGGUUCUUUUACAUUAAACAAAAUCAAACAUUCUCUUUUUGUACUUUUUUUUGCACGAUUUCCUUGGUUCUCCCCCGAAGUGAAGUGUAACAAUUAAAAGAAAACGGAGGGAGUAUAAUGUUUAGAACUUAUAUUUUGUGGUUGUUGCUUUUAGUUUGUGUAAUGCUUUUAGGAUGUUCAUUAUUGAAUAAAAUCCCGUCAAAACCAAAAAAA